AUGGCUUUCAUGGAUCCCUUCGCCUUCGACCUUCCAUCGCGUCCUCGGGUACCGAGCUUCUUCAGCCGCUUCUCAGGCCGCAGCGCUCACGCUCAGCAUGGUGGCCCGUCGGAGACAGACCUCCACGCCUACCUCCGCGCUAUCGGCGCUGUAUACCGACCCGCCGACUUCGCUCCAAGAGCAUACUCCGCCUCUGUCAACCCGCCGACCUGCGAGCUGUACGCCGCCGCUCUCGGCGCGCACGUUGUCCAGCCGGCCGCCGAGGUGCCUGUGCCACUCCAGCGUGCCGUUCCGUUCUUCCACGACGACAGUUCCUCCAAGAACUCCAAGAACCGGCCGCGGCUGUGUCCGGAUUACGACGACGACAUCGACGCCAACCUGAAGAUGAUGGAGAAGAACGCCGGGGAGCGGCCGUUGCCGGACUACCUGACGACGGUGCAGGGCGACAACAUAAGCCCGUUGACGCGCGGCGCCCUGGUCCUCUGGAUGGACAAAUUCGUCCGUCACUACGAGCUCGCCCCCGGCACGCUCCACCUCGCCGUGGCGUGCAUCGACCGGGUCCUGUCGGUGAGGACCGCGAGGAACUACCGCGCCUACGAGUUCCAGCUGCUGGGCGCGACGGCCGUCUUCACCGCCGCCAAGUACGAGGAUCAGAGCACCAAGCACAAGCUGAACACGGCCGAGAUCGCCAGGUACUGCGGGCUGGAGACGAGCGAGGAGGUGAGGGAGACGGAGCGAGACAUGAUGAAGGCGCUCGGGUUCCAGAUCAGCGGCCCCACGGCCUACACCUUCGUCGGCCACUUCACCAGGUACUUCGGCCAGGGAAAGGAGGAGCUGCGGGUGCAGCGCUUGGCGCAUCGCAUCGCCGACCAGUCGCUGCUCAGCCACCUUUGCGUCGUCGGCUUCCUGCCCUCCGUCGUGGCGGCGUCGGCCAUCUUCCUGGCCAGGUUCGCGCUCAACCCGUCGGACGUCUUGGCGUGGAACGCCGAGUUGCAGGAGCUGACGGGCUACGGUUCCUUGGACUUGUCCAGCUGCGUGCAGAUUAUGUACUCCUUCUCGCAGUCCCUGAUUUGUAACCCUCCUUUCUGA